UGGGAUCGUCAUAAAGGAGAUGUCGCAACUAUUGAAAUCGUGGAAGAAAAAGCUGAGCUUACUCGUGUCCAGAGAAAACAAUUGAAAAAACAGGCAUUUUUGGAUAUUUUGCAUCAUUUUAUUGCUCGUUCUGGAGAUUCUAGGGCUGGUUAUUUGAAUUUUAUCAAAGUCGCACUGAGCAAGAUGCUUGAAUACGAAGUUCAAUCUGAUUUAGAAUGCUACAAGGCUAUCCUCUCUGUUUUUCCUCCCGAGGGCUUCAAACCACGUGGAUUGAUUCACUCCGAGCUUGGACAUUUUAUGCUUCAGCAAGUCGAAGUGAUCAAAUUAAUGAAUCAGAUGACCAUGUAUGAAUCCAUUAGUGACAUUUGCUAUGGCGUCCUUUCUUUUAUGUUUCAUCUUGAAUCAUUCUGCUUUACACUUUAA